GCUGGUGGGCAAAUACAAGAGUGAUUCAUACACACAGAAAAUUGUAAAUCGUAAAUUGAUAAAGGCCGAGCUAUCUAUUUUUUUGCAAAAACAACUGCCAAACAUUAUUUGUCAUUUCAAUCAGUAGUAAAAAGCUUCAAACUGGGUAACGACAUGUCUACAUCUUCAAUGGAAAAACAUCUUUUCAAUUUAAAGUUUGCUGUGAAAGAGUUGGAACGCAAUUCGAAAAAAUGCGAAAAAGAGGAGAAACUGGAGAAAGCAAAAGCCAAGAAGGCCAUUCAGAAGGGCAACAUGGAUGUGGCACGGAUUCACGCUGAGAAUGCCAUACGGCAAAAGAACCAGGCCGUAAAUUACCUACGAAUGAGUGCACGUGUGGAUGCAGUCGCCAGUCGUGUACAAUCGGCGCUAACAACGCGCAAAGUAACUGGUUCAAUGGCUGGGGUCGUUAAGGCAAUGGAUGCUGCCAUGAAGGGCAUGAAUCUGGAGAAAAUCUCAUCUUUAAUGGAGAAAUUCGAAUCACAGUUCGAGGACUUGGAUGUACAAAGCUCUGUAAUGGAAGGCACCAUGUCUGAUACAGUGACCACAUCUGUACCUCAGGGUGAUGUUGAUAACCUAUUGCAGCAGGUGGCGGACGAGGCGGGACUCGAGCUCAACAUGGAGCUGCCCAGCGGAGUGCAGAGCACAACAAUUGGCGCCUCCACACAAGUCUCACAGGAGCAGGAUGAGCUGACACAGCGUCUAGCACGCCUGCGUCAGGCCGAAUAGGUGCCGAUGUAUUCCAACUCCAACAACAUCUCGAUCUAAGAUUACCCGAUGCCGUUGAAUUUCUUUGUUUUAGCUUUAUAUAAGUAAAAAUUCUAUAAAAUACAUGUAAUUAAACUACAACAAGGUGUAUUUAUAUAAGGUGACAUCUUUGUUGACAGCUGUGGUAGUUAAAUUUUCAAAAGUGCUCUCUCGCCUACAGAGAGAGAGGUACCUCAACGAGAUCAACUGUGUCAAGGACGCAACCUUAUAUAAAUACACCUUAAAGUACAACUUCUCAGCUUAUAAACUAAAUUAAUACC